AUGGAGAGGGUGAUGGGAUUUCUAUGUUUAUUUUCUUAUCAACUUCUUCUAAUUCAUAUGUUGAUAACAGGUCUUCUUGCUGCUUCUGGUGAUGAUCAAUCGAAUUUGUAUGUUGUUUACUUGGGAGAUCAAUUGGUGAACAAGGAUUCACUGCACCUGGAGGAUGAUGAUUUUAUGAUUGAUCAAUCACACAUCCAAAUCCUCGCAUCCGUGAAGCUAAGUGAGAAUGAAGCAAAGGAGUCCAUACUCUACAGCUAUACAAAGAGUUUCAAUGCAUUUGCAGCAAAGCUAUCAAAAGAUGAAGUCGACAAAUUGAUGGAGAUGGAUCAAGUACUUUCUGUGUACCCGAAUCAGUAUCACAAGUUACAUACUACAAAAUCAUGGGACUUUAUCGGGCUUCCUCAAACAGCAAGAAGGAAUCUGAAAGUAGAGAGUAACAUAAUUGUCGGUCUCUUGGAUUCAGGAAUCACUCCAGAGUCAGAAAGCUUUAAGGAUACUGGGUUCGGUCCUCCACCCACAAAAUGGACAGGAAGUUGUAAACAAUAUGCUAAUUUCUCAGGAUGCAACAACAAGCUUAUCGGAGCGACAUACUACAAAGUGGACGGCAUAGACGAUCCAAACGACAUCUUAUCGCCGGUAGAUGUGCAAGGCCAUGGAACCCACACGUCAUCAACUGCAGUAGGCAAUCAUAUUGCAAAUGCAAGCCUUUAUGGUCUAGCCAAGGGAACCGCACGUGGCGCAGUACCAAGUGCUAGAGUGGCGGCCUACAAAGUCUGUUGGGCUAGUUUGGGAUGCUCCGAUGUUGACAUACUCGCUGGAUUUAAUGCCGCUAUUCAUGAUGGUGUGGACGUUAUAUCAAUAUCCAUUGGUGGUAUCUCACGACGUUACUCCUAUGAUUCAAUUGCAAUAGGCUCAUUUCAUGCCUUAAAGAAGGGAAUUAUUACUGUUGCAGCAGCUGGUAACGAUGGCCCCACUUUGGCUAGUCUAAGUAACCAUGCUCCGUGGCUUGUCACCAUUGCAGCUGGUGGCAUUAAUAGGCAGUUUAGGAGCAAAGUUGAUUUGGGCAAUGGCCAGACUGUCUCAGGAAUUGGCGUUGACGCAUUUGAACCAAAGCAGAAAUUAUACCCACUAGUUAAUGGAAUUGAUGUUGCCACAAACGACACCGAAAAGUCGAGCGCAAGGUUCUGUUUUGCUAACUCAAUGGACCCUACAAAGGUGAAGGGAAAGCUUGUUUACUGCCAGCUACUGAUACGGGGUGCUGAUUCUGUUGUUAAAAGGAUUGGAGGGGUAGGCACUAUAGUUGAAAGUGAGCAAUCUCUUGAUACCGCCCAGAUUUUUAUGGCACCAGGAACCAUGGUCAACCGCAGCGACGGCAAUAUCAUCACUAGUUAUAUUAAUUCCACAAGGGAACCUUUGGCAGUUAUUUACAAAUCCCAGGAAUUAGAAAUCCCUGCUCCGUUUAUAGCUUCUUUUUCGUCCCGUGGUCCAAAUCCUGGGUCAAAACGCAUUCUGAAGCCUGAUAUUGCAGCACCAGGUGUUGACAUCUUGGCAUCUUACACGCCGUUGAAGUCCCUAACUGGAUUGGAAGGUGACACCCAAUUUUCAAAAUUCUCAAUUAUAUCUGGGACUUCCAUGGCUUGUCCUCAUGUUGCCGGGGUAGCAGCCUACGUUAAGUCGUUUCAUCCAAGUUGGAGCCCGUCAGCAAUAAAAUCGGCUAUCUUGACCUCUGCAACACCUAUGAACCGGAGGGUGGACCGCUUAGCUGAAUUUUCAUAUGUUGCCGGCCAAAUGAAUCCACAAGAAGCUGUGAGCCCUGGGUUAAUAUACGAUACAAAUCGAAUGGGCUACAUCCAAUUUUUAUGCCAUGAGGGCUAUACAGGAUCAUCCUUGGCUGUUAUAGUUGGUUCAAAAUCUGUAAAUUGUUCUUCACUGAUUCCUGGACUUGGCCAUGAUGCUCUUAACUAUUCAACAAUGCAAGUAAAAUUGGAUAAGUACCAUCCAACCACUGCAGUAUUCCGGAGGACAGUCACCAAUGUGGGUGAUCCUGUAUCCAUCUAUAAUACCACAAUUAAAGCUCCAAAAGGAGUGAAUAUCUCUGUUAAGCCCUUGAGUCUCUUCUUCUCUCGCAGCAGGCAGAAACGGAACUUUACAGUUGUGGUGAAGGCUUCACGAAAACCAAUUCCAGCUUCUACUAAAGUGCACUCAGGUUUACUUGUAUGGAAAAGCCCUCGACAUGUUGUUAGGAGUCCUAUUGUUAUUUACCAAGAAGGAUUUGGCAAGUACAAGACUAAGAUUCUCAUCAAACACUACUAA